AUGAGCAUACACGAAUUAAGACUGGAGUUCGAUUAUUUUGAUACAGUAAUUGACAAAAGUCUUCUAGAAAUGUCAAAAAUACAUGAUGGUUUAAUUGUAUUAAAGGACUCAAACGCAAUCUUACGAAAAGAUUAUGUAAAUUUGAUAGGAAAAGUCAAAUUAAUAUCUGGUGGUAAAAAUGAAAAUGAAUCAAUAUAUCCAGGAUUUAUAGGUCCCGGUAUGUUAACAGCUGUAAUUUUAGGAAAUACUGUUUCUGCACCUUCAGUUGACAAUAUAUUAAGAGUUAUUAAAAAAAUUGCAUCUGACCAAUCUUCUGGUAUAUUGUUAAUCAUACAAAAUUAUGCAGAAUAUUCCACAAAUUUUACUUUAGCUAAAUUACAUGCUGAAGAAAAAGGGUACAUUGUUAAACUAAUAACAAUAAAUAACAAUAACAUGUUAUAUUAUUUUGGAAAUACUAUUAAAGAACAAGAUUUUUUACCUAUACUUUUUAUAUAUAAAAUAGCUGGAGCUAUGUCAGAAGAGGGAAAAAGUAUAGAUGAGAUAUAUACUCUUUGUAAUUCUGUUGCAAAUAGUGGAGAAAUAGUACUUCUAAAGACAGAUUUUGAAAAUAUAAUUGAUGAAGACCAUAAGUUGAAAAUGUUUACAAAUACAACUAAGAAAGUACUUGAACCACUGAUAGAUAUAUUAAAUAUAACACCACAACAUCAAACUAAAACAAGAAUACAUGAAUCAAAAACAUUUUGUAUUAGCCAUGAAAUUGCAAUUCUGAUAUGUUGCAGCAAAAUACAGAAAAACAUAUUUAUCUUAGAAUUAUUACAACAAAUAGAAAUAAAUGGAUUAAAAAUAAAAAGAAUAUAUGUGAAAGAUUUCAUGUCAUAUUCUGAAAGAAGUGGUUUUCACAUUUGUUUAUUAAAUCUUUCAUUUACUGCAGUAUUAAUUAAAUAUUUGGAUUUUCCAACAUCUGUAUCUAGUUGGCCAACUGCAUUAACUUUGGAAACAAUAGAAACUAAAAGGAAUAUGGAUUGUUGUGAUUUAGAAUCACAAGGACCAGUAAUGAAUCAUGAAACUGGUCAAGCAUUUUUAUCAGUUAUAUCAAUGGCAUGUGAAGCAAUAAUGACAUGCACAAAACUAUUAGAUAAGAUAGGUGAAGAAUAUGGCAAUAGAGAUUAUGGUACAAGCCUUGCGCAUGGAGCUAAAGCUAUACAAAAUGCUAUUCAGAAAAAUAAAAUAUUAGGUACAAAUCUGUAUGUAACAUUUACACAAAUUAGUCAUAUCAUUCAGAAUACAGUGGAUGGCUUGCAAGGAAGGCUAUAUUUUUUAUUCUUUUACAAUAUUGCUAAAGCUUUUUUGAAAUAUGAAAGUGAUAAAAAAAUAACAGCAGAUAUGUGGUUGCAUGCAUUAAUUAUUGCAAAUAAAGCAAUAGAACAAUUUAAAGUAUCCACUAUGCAUGACCAAACUUUUUUAAUUACUUUGACAACAAUGCAAAGAGACUUACAAAAUGCAUUAAAUAGAAAUGUGGAUCCUAUUGAUGCAUUUGGAAUUGCUGUAAAAGCUGCUGAAAAUUUUACUACAAGUGUUCUAUAUACACAAACUUUUCAUAAAUUUAAGUUUCCUAAUCCUCAGGCACAUGCUAUAGGUAUAUGGAUGAGAGCUGCAUAUGAGGAAGAUGGACAGCAUGAAUGCGAAGGAUGUCAGAGUAUUGGUAAUGUGAAAUAUUUAAGUAAUGAACAUGAAACUAGGACAUCGUUUCUCUCUGCUCAGCAAUCAUUAACACAAGACAUUUGGUGCUUGCUAAAGCAUGCAUGCUUUAGGAGUUUAAGCUGUGAAGUACAUCCUGGUAAAGAAGGUGUUUGCUACUUUGGAGAUGAAUAUAGGGGGCAUGUUUUAAGUCAUACAUUUACAUUAAAAGAUGCCCAGGCAAGAGGUUUUCGGAAAUGGUGCAGUUUUAUUGUUUUCAUGAGGGAUAAACAAUUUCUUUUAAAUAUGUGGCCCUUUUUAGUUGACAAUUUAAAAGAAGUAAUUCGUGAACUACAAGAUUUUGCUGAAAAGAAAUACAAUGCAGAAGAAGCAGAAUGUCCACAAAGAAUUGCUCGUUUAUCAACAGCUAAUAGUGGGUCAGGGUCAUAUAAUAAUUCAAAUAAACAACUUAGAACCUUUAGUGAUAUAACUAACGAGAAACAUGUUUUUAUAAGAAUUCACAUGUGGCUGGUAUGGAUUCUUAGUGCAGGAGCAAGACAUUUUAUAGAGAUUUUUCCCAUGAGCUUAUUAGAUGAUGAAUUAAAUUACAAUUUGGAUCAUCAGAUUGAAACUGAAGAUGGAUUCACUUUAGUAAAUGCCAAAUUACCUGUAAAUUUAACCUUAAACUCAAAUGAAUCAGAAACAACACUUGAAUUCUCAGAAGUCUCAGGGAAAUCUACUACAGUGAUACUUAGAGGUUUAAGAACUGUCUUAGGAAAGGACCAAUUUAGACAACUUUUAUAUUCUAGUUUAACAGGUGUUCAAAUUUUGGUAAGAGGUCCAAAUACUCAAAGGUUGGAAUCUUUAUAUGGCCUUAGUUCUCUUAUUCCACGUGCAUGUAGAAGAGUUAAAACUCAAGCAACUGAAUAUAUGGAUCCUAAUAAGUGUAACUUUAUUGGUGUUGAUACAUCAGUAGCUGUUCCUUUACCUUGUGCAAAUGUAUGUAGAUUAGAUAUUAUGGCUGAUGAGCAUAAAGUUGAAAAUUCAAGUUCACAUAUUGUUAGAUGGACAGGUACUUUACCACUAAAAUUGCCAACAUUGUUAAUAAAAAUUGAAAAGUCACUUGAAAAUGAAAAGCUUGGAAAUUCUACCUUGAAAGCACAUUUUGCUGCACUGCAAGAAGAAUGGGCAAACAUUGCCAAAGUAGUUCAUGCCAUGCGAGGACGUGGUCAUAGUGGAGAUCUUUCUGGACUUAUGCUUAGUUUAGGUGCUGGUCCUCAUGAUAAAAAAUUAUUAGAUACUUGGUCAAUGGGCUUACCACCGAAUCCAGCAUAAUUUUUUAAUUAACCCAUAAUGUUUUAUACAUUAUAGAAUAUUAUUGGGUAACAAUUAAUUUAAUAUAUAAAAUGUAUUCUCUUAUUUGUUCAAACAAUAUUUAUGUAUUCAAGGUUGUGCCUCAUU